CCCGGGCCCGGCUGCUCGCAGCGGCUCCAAAGGCUCCCUGUGGGGCCGGACCAGGCCCGUCCUCUCGGGGUCCGUCCUCCCGGCCCCGCAGGGGUGGCCCGAUGUUGUUUGUGAGUGGGAGCUGCCUCAGCAGGGACCCCCGGGGUUGGGGGUGCCCUGGAAGCUUUCGCGGGGGACGCGCUCGGUGUGGGCGGUUGUGGAGAAACCCCACCUGCCCCCUGAACAGCGCUAUGGCCUUAGCAAUUCGGUCAGAGAACGAGCCGCUGCUUCAGGUCUUCCGCGUUAUUCUUCACAAAUAUUUCCUUUAUAAGUGAGUGUGCAGCCUAAGCUGGAUCUAAGCCCCCAGAUUCGGAGCAGGGCACCGAGGAGCAGCAGCACACUGAGAAGCAGCAGGCUGCAGGAUGUCGGGGCGCAGCGGGAAGAAGAAGAUGUCCAAGCUGUCGCGCUCGAGCAGGGCCGGGGUGAUCUUCCCCGUGGGCAGGAUGAUGCGCUACCUGAAGAAAGGCACCUACAAGUACCGCAUCGGCGUGGGCGCGCCCGUCUACAUGGCUGCUGUCAUUGAGUACCUGGCAGCUGAAAUCCUGGAGCUGGCAGGAAACGCAGCACGGGACAACAAGAAAGGAAGGAUUGCCCCCAGACACAUCCUCCUGGCAGUUGCAAAUGAUGAGGAGCUGAAUCAGCUGCUCAAAGGUGUGACUAUUGCAAGUGGAGGUGUCCUGCCCAGAAUUCAGCCUGAGCUUCUAGCCAAGAAAAGGGGUGCCAAAGGCAAAACUGAAACCAUCCUUUCCCCUGCUCCUGAGAAGAAGGGGAGGAAAUCCAUGGUGAACAAAAAGAGUGGGAAGAAGGCAAAGUCUACCAAGGCCCGGACGUCCAAAAAGAACAAACAAAAGGACAAUGAAAAAGAAGGAGCUUCAAAUUCAACAACUGAAGAUGGACCUGGGGAUGGUUUCACUAUCUUGUCCUCCAAGAGCCUUGUGCCAGGACAGAAGCUUUCUCUGACACAGAGUGACAUCAGCCAUAUUGGCUCCAUGAAAGUAGAAGGAAUUGUUCACCCUACAACUGCUGAAAUAGACCUCAAGGAGGAAAUAGGCAAGGCGCUGGAAAAGGCUGGAGGCAAAGAGUUCUUGGAAACAGUGAAAGAGCUUCGCAAAUCCCAAGGACCUUUGGAAGUUGCUGAAGCUGCACUCACUCAGUCUAGCGGCCUAGCAGCAAAGUUUGUCAUCCACUGUCACAUCCCACAGUGGGGCUCGGACAAGUGUGAGGAGCAGCUCGAGGAGACUGUCAAGAACUGCUUAACAGCUGCAGAAGACAAGAAGUUGAAGUCUGUGGCUUUCCCCCCGUUUCCCAGUGGCAGAAACUGCUUCCCAAAGCAGACAGCAGCCCAGGUGACCCUCAGAGCCAUUUCCAGCCACUUUGAUGGCAGCAGCUCUUCCUCCCUGAAGAACAUUUACUUUCUGCUCUUCGACAGUGAGAGCAUUGGCAUCUACGUGCAAGAAAUGGCCAAGCUGGACACGAAGUAGCAACGGCAGCCAAAUGAAACUUUAUUUUUCAACAAACUUGAGUAGCAUUCAAAGCAUUAGAGGUGGGUUUUAUUUUUUCAAUGUGACGAUGAGGGGGAGUGGUAGUAGUGUGACGUGCUGUGACUUGAUGGAGAGCUGUGAUUAGAGAUGAGAGGGGUUUAGUCCGAUUUCUUCAUGCCAUUUUUAUCACCUUAAGCAAUUGAGUUAUCAUCAUCUGGCUUCAGGAGUUUAGUGUCCUUUGUUACUUUAGUUUAGAGGUUUUUAAAGAGUAACCUCAUUUUAGAUUUGUAGUGAUGAUUUCUUCACACACACAUGCCACUUUCAAGAAAGCUCUUAAAAAUGUCCUGCUCCUUUUUCCCCUCCCUUGAGGGUAGAUUGUAAACUCCUGCCUUCAGCCCACAGAGAGGUGAAAAGGGUUUUAGAAGUGAUGCAUGAGGAGCUUCUGUUUUGCUUUUAACUCACAAUAACCUCUGUAAUUACUGAGAAUAUUUCAUGGUGAUUUUGUUUGUUUUAUAAGAAAAAAAGAAAAAGA